AUGCCGCCUUCGACCGGAACCUGCCAGGACCCCACAAAAUGUGAGUUGUCGCCUGAGAUAUCCAACGCCUUGGAGCGGUUCUCGCUUCCUCACAACUGCAAGUUCGCACAAGCAAAGCGUCAGCUUGUCGAUAAAAUUGUCAGCGAUAUUAUGAACGACAAGUCCUCAAGCAUCACGACUGUCCUUCAGGAUGAACUACGGAAAUGGGAAAAUGAGAACAGGGGAAAGAGAUAG